AUGUCAGAUGAAAAGUCCAAGGUAAGUGUUUUUAAAGUUUCAAGUAGUUUGGAAAAAAACAUUAAAGGAUGAAGAAUAAUUCAAAAAAAUGUCAAACGAGUCGCGUUUUUGGACCAAAGCAAAAUUCCUCAAAGAAAAACAAACGCUUUGAUUAUCUUCGAAUUUUAAGCUUCUUAAUUUUCUAGAAAAUUAUUCUCUUCUUAUAAUAAUUUUAAAUAAGUAAAGAAAUUUACCCUUUUUACAAAUAAUUCCCAAAAUUUACAACUCUCUCAGAUCAUAUAAUAUAAUCGUUUUGUUAUCUCAUCCUUUCACGAUCAGCUGGUCCUCUAAACACUAUUUGUUUAUUAAUUUGGUAGCACCAAUAUCACCAAAAUAAAUAUCACAAAAAACCGUUUUUUACCAAAAUAACAAAACUCGCAAAAAAAAAACAAUACUAGCAAAAAAGUGUCAUCUUUCUCUUCCUCUUCCUGCAUAUGCAAUUUGACCCAGUCAAUCAUUUUUUUGUUGUUUGGGAAGAAAAAGUGUGAAAGAAACAACGACACUCCGCGUGCCUGUUGUUUACCGUAAACUGCUGCGUUCUUUUUUUCGCGUUGUAAAGAUAAAAAAGUUAUGUAGUUUUGUAAUGGUAUAAUUUUUUUUCUAAUUUAAUUUAUCAAUCGCAUUUUUUUCUCAUGAGAAACUGAAACAAGUUCUAGCGCUAGUUCAAACCGAUUUAUUUACAUUAUUUUCGUUUCUUCCUUAUGUUCCAUAUUUAGAAUUGUAUGUUUUGCGGUCACUAUUUUUUUAUGUCCUUUUUUUCUUCUUCUCAUUAUUUGCUCAGAACUGUUCCUUCAAUCAAUCAAUAACCGGUUUUGAAAAUUUUGUUGUAGAAAAUAGAAAUAAACUUAUUUUCUUUGAUCAAUCAUUGUAGUUGACUUUUACGGGGAAAAUGAAUGUUCUAACUUAUUCUUCACAGAUUUAUGGACUUGACAAGAAACAAACUAUGAGCGAUGAUGAGGAAUUACAGUUUGCAAUUGAAUUGUCAAAGUGAGUUUUUUUUUUGAAGAGGGUCGGGGAAUAUUAAUAAAAUUUUAAAUGAAAAGCCCGAGAAGAUGUUUCUUCCAAAUUGUUGGACUCCUAUGAGUUGAAACAAGGCUGAUCUUAAGAUUUACCAUGUAUUCGUGCUUAAAAAUGCUAUGAUUCCUUUCUCGAAGAAAAUAUAUAUCUUUCAGGCAAACUUUCAAAGAUGAAGAAAACAAACGCCUGAGCGGGGUGAAUGAUUUGAUCCGUUUUGAAUCGCCAGAAGAACCAAAAAGACGAGAGCAAAUUGAUCAUAUCAAAAGUUUAUACAAUGUGGCACCUCCUACCGCUGCUCCGUAAGUUAUUUUUCUAUUUUUUUUCAAAACACACGCACUUGUGAUAAAGUAUGUGUGACAGCUGCUUUUUCAUGUAACCGGAUAAUUUUCUUUCAGCGCUCCGUUCUAUGGGUUUCGUCAAUCUUUUGACGAUUCUUCGCCUGUUGUUACAAGUCCAGUAUUUGCUUCUUCAUCGCUUCCAUAUCAGAACGCUUUCAAUUUUAUUGAGCCACCGCCAAGACCACCGAAACCUUUAUCAUUGAGGGGUCAUUUCCCACCAAGUCCGUCAAUAUCAUGUGAGUUUUAAAAGAGAUAUUUGAUGAAAAAUGAGUGUUAUUCUUUUUAGAUCUGCGUGAGUCACCAGCUCCUCCAUUGCCACCUCGGUUAAAUCGACAAACUUCACAACCGACAAGUUCAACACCUUUGAGAUUUUCGCAACCGAAUUUCACAUUGCAACGAAAUGAACUAUCACGUGAGUUUUUUAUUUGAAAGAGAUCGAAAAAUCGAACGUCGACGAAAAAUUCAAUAACUCGAGAAUGACUGAACCAAAAAUAAUCAAAAAUAGUGAAUCAGAAUCCCGAGAAUUUUUAAAUCAAAAAUAUUUUGAACCAUUAAUCGUUAAUGAAAUGAAGAACCCUUUUGAAUAACUCUAACGUCAAAUGAAAAUUAAUCAAAGUUAAAGAAAAUAUUGUCAUCUUAAAUUAAUUGUUCAAAAUUUCUAAUUUUUAAUAGAAACGACUAGAAAUAUGAACAAUUAUUCUAAACACGGAUUGAAGACCUCUGGUACCGAAAAAACAUUUUAAAAAUUACAGCGCACAGGAAAAAAGUUUUUUCAAUUUGUUCAACUUAACUAGUUCGAAUUUCAUUAUUUUCAGCGAUAAAGCCAUUUGAUAUCAGCUCAUCAACAUCUAUAACUGACACAUCAUCAUCGUUCCGUGAAGAUACGUCAAUGCUGUUAGAACAAAGUUCCUCAUCAGUUUCUCCCUAUCAACCAUCAACUCAUUUAUAUGUUCCAUACAGAAUGAUGAAUAUGAAUCAAUCCUAUGGUGCACUUUUAAAUGGUGAUUUAAUUGAUUUGAGUACAAUGCAUAGUGAAGAUAAUUCGAAUGUUUCAUUGGAUGAGGUCAGUCUUUUUUUCGUUUUCUGUUCCCCUUUGGGUCAUCUCUGAUAUCUUUUUCUUCCAAUUCAUUUUUCUUCUUCUUCUUCUUUUUUCGGUCUAAUGUUUUUUAGUUUCGAUUCAUUCAAAAAACAUGAAAAGAAAAAGAAGAAGGAAAGAACAAUUAGUUCCAUCUGAUAUUUUUAAUUGAUUAGUUUUGGUAGUUUUUUUUUCUGUUUCAGAUUUGGCGUGAAUUUGACCCCUUGUAUAUUAAACCAAUAUUUGCAAAUGAAAAUAAUUCAAAUAUGCCUCCAAUUCAAUAUUCUUACAACAAAACACCGUUGAAUAAUGUCCCCGGAUCAACUAUCAAAGUGGAAGUAGAAAAACAAGAACUUACUGUGGCUUCAAUCAAAUUGAUAGAUUCUCCCGAUCCAAUUGAAGUGCAAAUGAAGAAGAUUCGAAAUAGAGGGUUGAUUCGAAUUGAGAAAAAUCCAGACUUUUUUAUUGCACCCACUGUUGAUUAUAUGACUACGUGUGCUGAUUCGCUGAAAGUUGAAGUUUAUCGAGAUCACAGGUUUGUGUUUUUUGAACAGAACAGUAAGAUUGAUUAGUUUUUCAUGAUCUCUGAAAUCCAUUGAAAAAUAUGAACAUACAUAUAUUAAAAUAAUCAUCUUGAGAAAAUUUAAAAAAAAACUUUUUUUUGUUUGAGAAUUAUAAUUAAUCUAACUUCAAUUCUCAACCAAGUUUCAGAUGCUCUAUUUAAAGAUUCAGAUAGAACCAUUUACAAAUAAAAAAAAUUUAAUUUUCAUCGAAAAAAAUUCAAAAAAUACCCUUUAUUCUGAAAAAAAUACAAACACACAUUCCCAAAUCGAAAACAAACUAAUGGCCUAAAACGCGCCACCUUUAAAUUGGUGUUUACACAUUUUGUCAAUCUGCAGUUUUCGAAUAAGUUUUUAAAAGUAUCGUUUCUCAAUAACCUUUUUUUCCAGAUGGCGAGGCGAUACAAACAGUCGAGCAACAACUUGUGAUAUUAAUGAAACAAUCGGAUUUAUCACCAAACAUGCGUUAGCUUGGUAUGAACCAAAUAUCGAAGAAGGCAAAAAAUAUGGUUUGAAGGUCAGUAUUUUUUUGUUUCAACUUCAACGCUUUUUUCACCCACUGUACGAAUUUCAACUAAUCCUCUAAUUGCUUUGUGUCUUUGGUGUGGUGUGUGUUUUUUAUUUAUUCAUUUCAAUCAUAUACCUGUCUAGGACUGUUUUGAUGACAGAUUUUUGAUUUAUAUGUUGCUGCUUUUGCCUCAAUUAGAGUAUUGCAGAUUUAUGGCUUGAAUCAAUUUUUGGCGAAUGACAGUUUACUUGGAUCAAAUUUGUAUACUGGACAUUGUUUGCUUCACGGUGAUGAUGUGAAAUUGGAAUUGUCGUUGUUCGAAAAAGAUCGGAGAUUUAGUGAAGUCGAUUUUUAUGAACCUUGGAGCAGUAUGAAGUAAGUUCUCUUCUUGUUGAAUGAAAAAACAUUGCAUUUUUUCAGAAGUCAACUUCGCUACGCAACUUUUGUUGACAAAGAAGAUGUUGAACACACUUUAGAACAUCUCGAACAAGAAAUGACAAGCUAUGAAUCCGCUUUCGAUGAAGGUUCAACACUAUUAAGUAAGUAUAUUGGAGGAGAUUUUUUUGAGAGUUUUUGCCAAAAAUCUUCAUAGAAUAAAAAAAUGAAAUAGCUACUUUCAAUGAAAUUGUUUUUUUUCAGUAUCUCAAGCUUCCCAAAAAGUGAAACAAGUGGUCAAGUUGCUUUGUAAAAUUUUACAUGAAAUUGUACCCGAAAAAAUGUAUAUUGAAAUGCAGAAAUAUUUGGCAGCAACUACCGAUGUGAGUUCAAUCUUCUUCCACGUGUCCACAAAAUUUCUGAAAAAAAUGUAUUCAGGAGCAGCUCAAUCAACGGAGAAGUGAUUUUGUGCGAGAAUUACGGAAUUUUUUGGAGAUUUACUGUCGGUGUACGGUUAGCCGAUAUAUGCUUCCGCCAUUGGUGGUGAGUUUGAUAAUACAAACUUUUGAAAAAUAAAUUUACCAAAACUAGUUUUUGCAGCAACCCGAGAAAGCCAAAGAAGAAUUGCUCCUUCACAACGAUAACAUUCAAAUAAUCCUCAACUCUGUUCAAUCAAUUCCUGAAGAAUGGAUCAGAAAUUAUUCCGAGUUUUACCUUUCUCUCGAUGUAUACUAUGGAACUCAAGCUUUGGAUGGUCAUUCGAAUCGUUCGCCAAAAAAAGUUCAGAUUGAUAGUUUCUUCCCAAAAAUUCCACUCGAUUUAUAUGCAAAAUUGAAGAGAUUGAAGCUUUGCAUGUAUCCGAGGGAGACAAGAAUAAUUGUUUCGAUCAGUGGAACAUCGAAAGUUGAUAAUGUUGAGACAACGCAAAUUUUGGCUUAUUGCUCGGUGCCGUUAUUUGAUGAAAAUUCGUGAGUCUACAAUUUUUAUCUAAUUAGUUUGAAAAAUAUGAAAUUAAUAAAAUAAGAAGUAAUUUUUAGUGCUCUUCGACAAGGACCAUAUUUCCUGCCACUAACAAUUCUCAAAAAGAAUCUUUUGAAACCAUUCGGUCCUUAUCCGUACAUCAAAGAUGCUCGGGAUCCAAUUCUCACAAUGAGUUUAAAAGUUUGGGAUACUGACAUUUACUUUCCAAAAGUUUCGGUUGAUAUGCAAUGUAUACCUCAAGAUUUUUCAAUGUUGGAUUUGGAAACUCAGGAAUAUUUAUUGGAACUUAUUGAGCGACAAGAUCCAUCGAAUUUGGAAUAUGAUGAUCAGGAAUUGAUUUGGCAAAAACGAUUGUAUAUGACAAAUCAGCCGGAAGCUUUACCACUUGUGCUUUCAUCUUUGACUGAUUGGAGUUUUGUAUUUUUGGCGCAGGUUUAUCAAAUUUUGGAAGUUUGGGCACCAUUAAGACCGGAGAUUGCAAUGCAGCUUUUACUUCCACAGUGAGUUUUUUUCAGGAAAAUUAAAUUAGAACAGAACCUUAAUAAAAAAUAUAUUUUUCUCAGAUAUCCUGACGAAAGAAUUCGCUCAUAUGCAGUUCGCUGGUUAUCAACCGGAAGCACCGAUUUCCUGUACAACACAAUCGCUCAAUUCAUUGAAGCUCUCCGAUUUGAACUCUAUGAACAAUCUUCACUUGCUGAUUUCAUUCUAGAACUUUCAACCGUCGGUCUCGAUUUCACAUAUGAACUUUAUUGGCAAUUUCAACAACGCGUCGAUCAUUGCUCAAUUGAUGAUUUUCCAUAUGCAUUUCGAUGUCAAAACUUGCAACAAAAAAUUAUUGAUGAACAUAAUAAUAGUGAACUUCGUCGAGACGUCAAAUUGCAGCAUGAAUUAUUAUCCGAACUUGAUUCAAUUCAAGAUGAUCUUCGAAGUCGACCAAAUGAUUCAGAUCAAGAGAAAUUGUUCCGAUUGAGAACGAGAUUAGGGAUUCUUGAUUCGAAAUUGUUGCAAAACAAAGUUCGAUUGCCAAUUUGUCCAUCAUUUGAUUGUGUUGGAAUUCGAGUUGAUGAAUGCAAUAUUUUCAAUUCAAAUGCAAAACCUUUGAAGAUUGUGUUCCGAGGAAUGACAUCAGAUUAUGCAAUUAUUCAUAAAAGAGAUGAUGAUAUGAGACAAGAUGCAUUUGUUAUGAAAAUGGUGAAUGAAAUGGAUCGCAUUUGGAAAUCAAAUAAUCUUGAUCUUCGAAUUAUCACAUUUCGUGUAAUGCCAGUUGGCUUCAAAAGAGGAAUGGGUGAACUUGUUUCCAAUUGUGCAACUCUUCUCGAAAUUCAAAAAGAAGAUGGUUUGACUGGUGUUUUGAACCACGAAGUAUUGCGAAAAUGGCUUAUGAAACACAACAGUAGUGAAUUCACUUAUAAACAAGCACUAGACAAUUUUAUUCGAUCUUGUGCUGGUUGGUGUAUUGUAACAUAUGUUUUGGGUAUUGGUGAUCGUCAUAAUGAUAAUAUAUUAUUCACCAAAAAAGGUCAUGUAUUUCAUAUUGAUUUUGGAAAAUAUAUGGGUGAUUGGCAAAUGGCUGGCGGAUUCAGAAGAGAUCGGGUUCCUUUUGUUUUCACAUCCGAAAUGUUUUAUGUGAUAAAUGGUGGAAAAACACAAACUAUCAACUAUCAGAAAUUCAUUGAUUAUUGUUGCAAAGCUUUUAAUUAUUUGAGAAGAAACAAGAAUAUUUUGACAAAUCUUCUCAGAAUUGUGAGUUCGAUAAUUUUUGCCAAAGUUUGUUUAGAAUCUGAAUAAAAUCAAAUUUUGCAGAUGGUUUGCUCUGACAUUCCUGGAAUCAACGCUGACUCAAUUGCAUUUGUUGAGAAAAACUUGAUGCUCAACUUGUCAGAAACUGCCGCAACAAUUCAAUUCACCGAGAUGAUUCAGAAUUCACUGAAUAGCACAUCAACACGAUUGAAUUUUGUCGCUCACACUUUUGCACAAUUCAUGUCGUCAAGUUCGAGUUUCACCAAUCGUGAUGAUAAUAAAUUGAGCUUUGUGCCAGAAUUGUACACGUGAGUUUUUUGUUUGGAAAGGGGGAGGGGGUUUGAACUGAAUAAGACGACAAAAAAGUACCCCGAACAUUUUUUUGCAGAAUGAAAACUGAUGGUCCAAUAAUAACUGUUCGAGCUUUGUCCUUCGAAAAGUGUUUUAUUCCACACAAAGUAUAUGUAAGUUGUUUUAUUUUUGACCUCUGCUCCAAAAUUUUCGCCCUCACAGUUGUUCCUAAUACCCUUUUGCUAAUCCUCAUUUAUAAAUUUUUCAUGGAACUUCUUGGAAAAAAAAUCAUUUUUUUUGCAGAACGUGUGUUCUUCAAAUAUUUUUUUUGCUCUUUUAAAAUUUCAUGACACAACACGAAAUAUCGUGUUGUAAUAAUAAUUAUUCCACCCCAAAAAAACUUGCAUAUAUAAAUAAAUAUUUACCACCCACGAAAUAAGUUCAUUUUUUACAGAUGUACAAAAUUGAAGUUCUUCGUGAUAAUAUAACUGUCCCUUCAUAUAUCUAUCGUUCUUUUGCUGAGUUUGAUGAAUUGCACGCGAAACUAAGAAAAAGGUAGACAACAGAAAUGAAAUAUUUGACAUUUCCGCAUUUUAUUUUUUUGUCUUUUUGUUAGAUUCCCAACAUUUCCUGCGCAAUUAACUACGGGCUCAAAUAUGCGAUCAAAUGUUCGAGCAAUCGCGCAAAAACGAAUCAUUGAUGUUCAACGAUUUCUCCGAUUUUUAUUUUCUCAAAGUCCAGAAAUUUGUCAUGUAAGCAUUUUUUCUCAUUUUUUGUGAACUCUCUCAUACUUUUUUCUUACAUAACCAUAAUACUAAAAAAUGUUUCUUUAUUUUUUCAGUGUGAUUUGGUCUACACAUUUUUCCACUCUCUUCUUCGAGACAAUAAGUGCGAUACAUAUAUUGGUAAGUCAUAAACAUCUGGGACCCCCAAGCCGUGUGAAACCCAAGGCUCUCCCAUAUUUUUUAUUUUAUUUCAUUUCAUUUCACCCAUAUUUAUUUUGAAAAUCGGAUGAGAAUAAGAAAAAACAUGAAUAAGAUUUUUUCUGAAAAAAAAACAUUUCUGCUUUGGUUUAAUUUUAAAUGCGAAAGAGAAAAAACAAAUUUUUUUCAAAAAAAAACAAGAAUUUUCUCACAUGAGCCCACGAGCUCGAGCUCUAUUAAUAUUCACAGUUUUAUUCAUUUUUUUUUUGAAAUUCCGGAAGAAAAUUCCCUUCUUCAUUUUGCAGAUACGUCAGAUAUGCAUCCAACUAACAGUUGUCAAGUUUAUCUGAAGGUUCAGUACAACAGUAACAAGGAAUUGUUGAGUGUUUUUGUUGGUGAGUUUUAGAGGGCAAAUUUUGUGGGUAGUCCAAAUUUGUGAAAUGUUUUUGGGAAGAACAGUUCAUGUGAGAAAGUAGUUCUCACCGACAUUUAGAUGAGUUUUUGAUUUGAUAAAUUUCCAAUGUAUUUUCUUCGUGGGUGGUCCAACAUUUUUAAAAUUUUUAAAAUCAUAUUCUCGCAUUUAGUUGUCAGUUUUAUUCAUUAAACCAUGUCUUACAUUUAGAUAUUCCGAAAAAAUAUUACUUCCCGGGUGGUCUAUGAUUUCAUAAAAAAGUAAUUCAUUCCUCUCUCCCGGAACCAAUCAUCAAUUUUUCUGAACACAAUGUAAAUGAACUUCGUUCGGUACCAAACUACGAAUACUUUUUGAAACUGAAAAAUCAAUUACGUGGGUGUCUCUGACCAAAUUGAAAUUAUUAUUAAAACCCCAUCUUGUUUGUUCAGGACACAUCAAAAACUUGGCAAUCCUCCAAACCGGACAAGCUCCAGAUGCAUACGUUAAAACUUAUGUGAGACCAGAUUUGCAAAAUUAUUCGAAAAGAAAGACUCAAGUUGUAAGAGGAACUCAACAUCCAACUUUCAAUCAAGAUGUGAGUUUUUUUUUCUUUUAAUUAAUUUUUAGUUUAUAAAUUCACUCACAUUCAGAAAUAUUUGUUUUCCAGCUUUCUUAUGAACAUUUUCCAUCAAAUUUCUUGUCAACUCGAGUUCUUGAAGUUAGUGUUUGGAAUAAUGGUGGUUUGAUGGAUAAGCAUAAAAUGUAUAUGGUUUGCAUUCCACUUCUCAAAUUGAACAACAUGCCAGAAGAUCGAAAAUCGAAUCGGAUACUUGAAGGAUGGUUCACUUGUGAUAAAUAUAUCUAA